UGACAAAAACAACAUUGGAACAGUCAAUAAUCUUGUUCAACGCUUUAUAUCUAAGACCUGUUUUAAUUUUGAUCAGAUUGAUCUAUCCUCAAGGGUAUGUAUUCCUUAAAACCAAAGUUAAAAUUGAAAAAAGAAGAAAAAAAGUUUUUAAAUAAAGCUAAGUAACAUGUCAAAGACGAUGGAUUUGAUCGAAUAAGUGCUUUGUACAAAGAACAAUUCGAGAAGUGGGAUAAUUUAGACUUGCAUUUUGCUUUAUAUGGUUCGAGUGAAUUAGGAAAAUCAUCUUUCAUCAAUGCCAUCUUUGGAUACCAAAUUGACCUAGAGAGUCUUGCAAAAGUUCCUUUUGAUCAUCCUAAUAAUGGCAAAAUCAAAUUCAGGAAUAUACGAUCAGAGUCGUCUUCAAAGAAGCCUAGAUUUAGCACUUUAGAUGCAUUUCUUAUAUUUGUCAAAUCGAGAAUAACGGAGAAAGAGAAAGCAACUGCCAAGAAAAUUUCAGAAAAGCAUGGAAUGCCGUUCAUUUUUAUUCUCACCCACUCUGACGAAUCCAAAGAUAACAAAGCAAGUCUUUUGGAACAACUUAAAAGAGAUGUUGAAGGAUUAAUGAAAGAUGAAGCUGAUAUUUACGAAAUUAACAACCGAGAUACAGCAAAUCAUAAAAGUCUGUGUGAAGAUAUUAUCUCAAAGUUGGAAAAACGUCGAAAAGAUUUGUUUCUGCACUCGUUGAAUAAAACCAUUUGUAAAAACAACGAGAUAACAAAGGAAUCGUUUAAACAAGCAAAGAAACAGGGUGUUCCUCAUAUACAGGACUUAUACAGCAGUCAUUUAAUUGCUUCGUGGAUGAACACAGAAAUAAAUCUUGCAAUAAUUGGAGAUUCUGGAACAGGAAAAUCAUCUUUCAUCAAUGCUGUGAGAGGAAUUAAAGCUUAUGAGAAAGAGGCAGCAGCUGUUGAUGUUACAGAAACGACUAAGAAAGCCACUAGAUAUUUACACCCAAAACAUAAAAAUAUUAUUUUCUGGGAUCUACCUGGUAUUGGAACACCUAAAUACCCCAAUUAUAAAGAAUACUGUAAGAAAGUUGGUGGUCUAGAGAAGUAUGACGCUUUUCUUAUUUUUUGCAAAACACGAUUCACUCACUAUGACAAAGUGUUGGCUGAGAAAGCUUCUAAAGAUCUCGACAAACCUUUCUUUUUUGUUCGCACCAAUGUUGACACCGAACUGAAGAAUGCAGAAGAUGACGAAGGACCAAAGUUUAAUGAAGCAUCUGUAAUGAAACGUAUGAGGGAAAAUUGUUUGAAAAAUCUGGAAGGUUUGAUUCACGAUGAGAAAGAUAUCUUCCUGAUUGACAAUAGGAUAACAGAGAAAUACGAUUUUCAACAUUUGAAGGAAUCGAUUGCUGAAGCGUUACCUGAGGAAAAACAAGAGAGUUUUGUUGCUUCCUUGGACAAGUCUACACAUGCAAUAAUAAGAAUUAAGGCCAACUUUUUGAGAGCUCAAGUAUCCAAGGUGAUUGUUUUAGGCAUGAUUGCUGAACCUUAUCUUGAAACUUUUGUGCAACUCAUUUCUAAAGAAGUCACUCGAUAUUAUCGCGUGUUUGGUUUUCACGAUCAGUCAAAAUCUGAGGAAGAAAUUGGUGAUGAAAUCAAAGAGUUUUUGAAACAAAAGGCGGUUGACAAGUCACCAGCUAAAGUCCAAUCGGCGGAUGAAUACCUUACAAAACGUAUUGGUGUAUUGCAAAAAAAUGCUUUAGAUAGAAUAAACCGCAACAAUUCACAACCACGCGAAACUCAAUGACAGAAUGACCCCCACAUUGCAAAAAAACGUGUUUUUACCUGAACAGAAACGAACAGCUACGUACCGUUUGCAAUUGAACGGUCGGUACUAAAAUAAAAUUUUUCUCCCGUAUUGCACUUUUACUGACAUUUCUACAUACACACAUAUUCAAAUUUAUAGUAUUAUGAUUCCUUCUUUCUUUCAACAUAAAUAUACGCUAUAUAAAUAUUCAGUAUUAUAACAAAAAGACUUUAUUGAUAUGCUGCAGUAGCUACAUAUUUUCACGCAUUAUAUUUCAUAUAACAACUCGAAACUAAGCACCGCAUGAUUUAUUAGCAAAUAUAGUGUGUAUAGUUUUUCAAUAUAUUAAUUCUAAAA